UGGAGGCAGCAAAACUGCUCAGCUUUCUGUAAUAGCCAGCAGAGGAAGCGGGGUUUUCCUUGCAGCAGGGGCUGGAGCGCGCUUGAUUCUUUGAGUAGGAAAUACUGCAGGCUUCUGGACUGCGUCUCCUCGAGGGAGAGGCUGGCUGUUGUAGUUCCACCCACCGGCUGGAAGGAGGGGGUUUGAAUAAAAGAGAAGAAAAGCCCCAAUACCUCGGGUCCCUCCGUGAGGGCGACCGCAGCAACUAGGCUGGGGCGAGCGAGGACGCGCUCCCUGCCGUCAUUCCUCCCUCCUUUUCUUUUCUUUUCUUUCCUUUUUUCUUUUCUUUUUUUCCCCUUUUUUCUUUUUUUUUAAAUAGAGCUCUUCCUUCCCACCCCCUCCUUUUCUCUUUUUAGUAAGCGGGUGGAGGGAUCGUGAGAAACCGCGAGGAAGCCGAUCUGAGGAGAUCCGGACUUCCCUCGUCUUGCUGUUUUCUCCGAAAGGACUGCCACCCCCUCCCGGUUCACACACCCCUCUUCAGACCCUGGCAAUUGACAUUACUUAAGAGCAGGAGGAAGAGGGGGGGUCCCGAUCUAACGGGGGGAGGGCGGAGAAAAGCAAAGCAAAGCAAGACCCGUUUCCCCCUUUUCGAUGUUUUGAUUUUUUUUAAAAAAAAAAUUAUUUUUAAUUUUUGCGGCGGUUGACGCGGCUGGAGCUAGUGAGCGUUUAGAAGGCAAAGAAGUCCGAGGGAGGAAAAAAGAAAGAAGCCACCUUGAUUAGGACUGUCAGGAAUAGUGGCUUUAACCGAAGAAAGGCCUGGGGCACGACUCUCUGUCAACGAGUUCCCUGCAUCCGAGAUAAAGAUUCUAGCUACAUGGGCAAACGCUUGGAACAGCAGCCAAUGUUCCCACAGUACACAUACUACUAUCCCCAUUAUCUCCAAACCAAGCAUUCCUAUGCACCAGCUCCCCAUCCCAUGGCUCCUCCCAGCCCCAGCACUAACAGUAGCAACAACAAUAGCAACAACAGCAGUGGUGAACAGUUGAGUAAAACCAACCUGUACAUCCGAGGCCUUCCUCCCGGCACCACUGAUCAGGACCUAAUCAAACUGUGCCAGCCGUAUGGAAAAAUUGUAUCUACAAAAGCAAUCCUAGACAAAAACACAAAUCAGUGCAAAGGUUACGGUUUUGUAGAUUUUGAUAGUCCAGCAGCUGCACAGAAAGCCGUAGCAUCUCUUAAAGCAAAUGGUGUGCAAGCUCAGAUGGCUAAGACCCAGAUUCUUGGCAAAUAUUUCUUACAUGUGGCUAAAGCUGAACUGUCUUUGGAAAGCUUCCCCCCUAUUUUCAAGCAACAAGAACAAGAUCCCACAAAUCUUUACAUUUCAAACUUGCCCAUUUCCAUGGAUGAACAAGAGUUGGAGAAUAUGCUUAAACCUUUUGGACAUGUCAUUUCCACCAGAAUAUUAAGAGAUGCAAAUGGCGUCAGUAGAGGAGUUGGAUUUGCCAGAAUGGAAUCUACUGAAAAAUGUGAAGUUGUAAUUCAACAUUUUAAUGGAAAAUACCUGAAAACACUGCCAGGUGUGCCAGCCCCAACAGAACCUUUGCUGUGCAAAUUUGCUGAUGGAGGACAAAAGAAACGACAGAAUCAAAGCAAAUAUACUCAGAAUGGGAGACCCUGGCCAAGAGAAGGAGAGGCUGGAAUGGCCUUGACAUAUGACCCUACAGCUACUAUACAGAAUGGAUUUUAUUCCUCACCGUACAGUAUUGCUACAAACCGCAUGAUUCCACAGACAUCUAUCACGCCAUUCAUUGCUGCUUCCCCUGUCUCCACAUAUCAGGUUCAGAAUACUUCAUGGAUGCCCCAUCCAUCAUAUGUUAUGCAACCAACAGGUGCUGUGUUAACUCCAGCAAUGGAUCAUACAAUGUCCAUGCAGCCAGCAAGUAUGAUGGGCCCCUUGACACAACAGAUGAGUCAUCUUUCCUUGGGCACAACAGGAGCAUAUAUGACGGCUGCUGCACCUAUGCAAGGGACCUAUAUUCCCCAGUACACUCCUGUGCCUCCAACAGCUGUCCCUCUUGAAGGUGUAGUUGCUGAAACCUCUCCACAGACAGUAGCACCUUCAUCACAGGAAUCCAGUGGUCAACAGCAACAGAUGGCUGUCGAAACAUCCAGUGAACAUGCAUCUGCAUAUUCAUACCAACAGUCAAAACAAUGAGCAGACCUGAAAAAUGUCGGUCAGCAAAGUUUGCCUUGAAUGAAAAAACUUCAUUGAACAAGAAGUUGGCUUCCCGUUUGCACAGGCGGCGACAUUUUUUUUUCUCAUUUUCUACUUUACCCAGCAAGAGUGUUUCUAUGUGCUGUGCAAAUUGUUUGGUCAUAUAGUCUGAUAGUUUUAUUUUUGCUAAUUUUUUUAAUUAAAGGGGAAAACAUGGCAAAAUACUGGGUUUUAUCUGAAUGAACAUUUGAAAUUCAGAAUUUACUACUUGGAACUGUACAUUUAUACUUUUUGUUUGUUUGUUUUGUUUUCUUUGUUUUGUUUUGUUUUUUGUUUUGGGUUUGGUUUGGUUUGGUUUGGUUUGGUGGUUUCAUUUGGUUUGGUUUGGUUUGGUUUGGUUUGGUUUUUGGUUUCCCAAAAAAACAAGAAUGAUGAUAAUAAGAGGGAAAAAGCUGAGAUGAAAACCAGUGGUGUUCCUCAAGAAUCCAGCUAAUUCUUUGCCCUUGUUGAAAUCAACUGUGUCUUUCCUUUUGAAUUUGUGUGCAUAAUGUGUUUGAUUUUUUUAAAAGAAAUGUUUAAGAAAGAUUUAUAUUGAAUCUUAAUUGCCUUAAUUUUAAGGAUGUCGAAGGCUUUCAAGGCAAGCUAUCAACGUUUUGGUAGAAGAAAAGCAAAUAGAUUCCAAUGUAUGUACACCUGGAUCAACUGGUGCUGAAGUUCAACAGACUGAAUUUUUAGGGUUAACAAACAACAACAAAAUAAAAACUGUACUAAACAGAAAAUAUUAAACAAAAACUAUUGAUAAAGGAACUGACAACUUCAAGAAUUGAAAAAAAAGCGGAGACUUUUAUGAACUUUCUUAGUGUUGACAGAGAAGAAUCAAAAAAGCUAAAGUAUUUUAUAAUAAAAUUAUUUGAGAAGGAGGUCAACUUGCAUUUUAAAGAAUUGGUAGGGAGGGUUCAGUUUUUUUUUAAUUUACAAAAUGUGUUUGUUGGCCAGAGCAUUAGAGUUUUUUAUCUGCAGUCUUUUUUUAUGAGCUUUAAAAAGUUUUUAGUCUGCUUUGCUUGUCACAUUGCAAACACCUAGCUUAAAAGCAUUGGGGAAAAAUCUUAGAUAGGAGCUUAUGGUCAAAAAAGUGCAAAAAAGCAAUAGCUAGAAGAAAUUGUUGACAAUUUCUGUAGUCUUUCCUAGUUGUGAUCAAAUGCAGCCUAUGGAUGGCCUGUUUUAUACCAAAGAUGAAAAGACACCCUACCACAGUUAAGAAGAUAGAAGGUUUUUAUUUUAUUUUAUUUUUUUCUUAUUUCUUUCUAAAAAAAUCUUUGUUUGACUAAUAUGGCCGGUCCACUUGUUAUCUUUGUGUAUUGUUUAAAUUUUCUUCCACUAGUUAUUUUACAUUCUAUGAAUUUGGGAUUCUAAUCAAAAAUUCUGAUUAGUUGGUACUUAACAACACUUAGCAAAAUACGAGGAAGAUUUCAGUUGCCAGUUAUUCAAAGUGUCUUUUACCUUUUCUGUGCUUUUCUGUAUUUUUUUUUCUUUUUUACUGAAGCAGGAGUCUUCCUUCCUUAUAUCAUCCCAUGGGCUUUUUCUUUUGCCUGUUCUUUCCCUGUAUUGGUUUUCAGUGCUGUGAACCAUCCAUGAUCAUCGUCCGGACGGUAUUUGAGUCACUUGGAAGAGGCCACUGAAAAUGGUUAAUGUUUUUCAAUUGUCGCAACCAAGAUAAAAGUUUAAAAUGGUUUGUGUUAAUUUUCAUGCAAGCAUGAAAUUAACAAUCACUUUUUAUUAAAUGGAUUUCUGUUGUCUUCAUAUGUUUACUGACAAUCAGUGAUUAGCUUAAUUAGGUAAAAGACAAGAAUGACUAUGUUGAAUCAGUGCAAACUUAUUUUUUAAAAGAUAAAAGAAUAUAUGGAAUCUAGGAAUCUAGGAAUAUAUGAAGGAUCCAGGAAAAUUCCAUCUCCCAUUCAUAGUGAUUGAAGAAGGACUUUUUUCCCCAACUGUCUAUGGAGAAAACAUUUUAAAAUGAACUUUCCAACCAUUUCCAAUUUACUUAUUCUUUGCUAGAUGUGGCACAGUCCAGGGAUCAUCUCUUUUAGACAGCACUAUUUAGACAAAGAGGAGUUAAGGAGAUAUAUAUAUAUAUAUAUAUGGAACUCAUGGAACCUGCACUAAUUCCUAAAAGUUUCUGUCCUCAAAUUAGAACUGGUAUUUAUGAAUGGGGUAGAUAAGUACAAUGUAUCAUUUUGAGAAGAUAAAGCAUUUAAAAUGAUCCUUUUUUAGGAAAAAAAUAGACUUCAGUGCAGUGACUGUGAUGUAUUAAAAAACAGGGUAAUCAUAUUGAAAAAUGAAAGCAAAAUGAAAAAUAAUAACACAUGUUUUUGGGGGGAGGGAAGGAGAAUCAAAGAGAUUCAACUUACCCAAUUUUAAUAUCAAUGACAUAGACAAUUAAACAUGACUCCUACAUGAGCCUAGUGAAAUAACACAAGGUUUUGGCAGGAGCAUUAUUGUGCACAGAAUCCAUGGUUACAUUUAAAUGAUGUUUUUUAAAGAAAUUGAGUAUUUUUUUAAGAAUACUAAAAACAGUUCUUUAUUUUUAAUGUAGUAUUUCGUAUUUGGGAGGGUUGGGUGUUGGAUAACACACCCCCUCAAAAUGGCUGCUCAAUGCAAACAUUAAAAAGCAAAAAAAAAAGAAGAAGAAGAAGAUGAAGAAGAAGAAAAAGGAAAACAGGUUGUCUCCUGGCUGGCAUAAUGAAAAGUACCUGGUUAUUUGAAAUUCAUCUAGUUUUCAGUAACCACAUAGAUAAUUAAAACAACCACACAGAGAAAAUAAUAUAUUAAUAAGGAUUUCUAGCUUCCUUUUUUCACAUGCUUUGCCAAUGCUAUUACUUUCUAUGAACAUUCCUUGAUUUUUCCCCCUUGUUUUCAUUUGGAAUAGGUGUGCCUAUUGAAAGGGGUAUGAGAAAAAUGAUCAAGCCAGCCUGGUUUUCUUCCUUUUUAUUCUCUCUCUCUCUCUCUCUCUCUCUCUCCCUCUCUCCCUCCCUCCCUCCCACUCUCUCUCUCCCCCUCCCUCCCUCCCUCCCCUGUAAAUAUAGCGUUUAUUCUCCUGUGGCACAAUUCUGUUUAAUAUGAAAGAAGCAUGUGUUGUGGAUUUGCUUGUUUGUUUUUUAAUUGUCUUGUGAAUACUACUUUGGUGCAAAGAAUAGUCUCAUUGUUGUUGACAAUGAGGCUGUAAGGUAGCUACCAUGUGGCAGAUGGAUAUGGCUGAGAUACCUUUUUGUUUUGGAUCAGCCCUCUGCUGUUUUCUUUAUACUUUGCAUCAUUUUCUUUGGGUCUAUUUCCCCAAUCAGGUUCAAAACCAGUGUAGGAUUUUUCAUUAAGUCAGGCAUCUUCCUCUUCCUCCUAACCAUUAGUUCAUCAUUGUCACCUGGUGUCUGAGAACUUUAUAUGUUUUUAUCCUGUGGCAUCCUAGCAAUUCUACCAUUUUGCAAAUAAAUGAAAAGGGUAAAGUCUCUUGAAUCAAGUGUGACUCUUAGUGACACAUCUUUGUGUUUUCUUUAAUGAGAGACAUAGUAUGCCUUCUUCUGAAUUAUUAUUAUUAAUUUUAUUUUACUUUCAAGUCUUGUCUGUAUCAUUGUAUUUCUUGAUGGAUCCUAUCCAACAAUCAGGAUUGUUCCUCCUUACCUUUCUAAAAUCAGCCAAAGUCAACUAAGUGCUUUAUCUACCUGGUCAUUAUAAAUGGAAAAGUAACAUAUUUUUUCCAAUAAAUUGUUGUUUAAUAGAUUUUCCUUUGAUGCAUCACCAAGUUAAUAAUUGAUAGCCUAGAGACUAUGUUUGAGCCAAACUGCUGUAAUCUAAAGUUGAACAUGCCUAAAGAAAAUCAAAAGCUAAUCCUUCAUUUCAAAUUUAAUUUUAUUAAUCCUUUUAUACCCAACAGACUUUAUGGGCAUUUAUACCCAACAGACUUUAAAACAGCAUUAAGGAGGCUAUAUAAUUUGGGUUCAAUAUUUACAAGUUUUAUGACAUUGAUGCAUCAAUCUGCUUAUAUUAACUAUAUGAUGUCAGUGUCAUAGAUGAAGAAAUUAUUUUUCAUCUCCUAGAAAAAGUCAGCAUAUACUCUAAAUCUGACCCCAACAUGGAAUAAAAUAUAGGAAAGUUUCUAAUGAUAGGAGAAUGGUUAUAAUCAUUUUAACUUUAGAUUGACAGAGCUAACUUUUUAAAAAUCAAAAGACAUUUGAUUCAUUUAGUAAGACCUUAGAAUUUUCCCUUCUUUCAUAGGCAUACAUCUCUUUAUGUGAUGCCACAAUCUAGAGAAGAUUGGAAUGUUCCAGAACUCAAGUGCAAUGUAAAUUAGAGGAGAAAAGAUAAUACGUCUAAGGUCCAAAAGCACAUGGAGAUUGCAGAUUUUGCAUCAACAGUAUAUCUAUAUAAAUCUAUUUCACAAUGUCAUCUGUAAUCUCUGCUCAGUGAAUGUAUUUAACCCAUACCACCUUAACAGUGAAAAGGACAAUUUCCUAAAGCAUUUUAUUAUUUCUCACAGUGCUAAAACCACUAAAAAUUAUACUGGGCACCUAAAUAGCCUUGUUUCAUUCCAGGAAGAUAGUUUAUGGAACCAGGAGUUAAUUCCUUAUGCCCAGAUGAUCAUAUUUUCCUAGUCUGAUAUCAUAUAGAAAUAUACUUUGGGUUGUACAUCUAGUCUUUGAAAGUUUUAUUAUUCCAAUCCUGAUAUGGGUAAUGACAUAAAACAGCAAUGCAGACAAGACUUCUACUUGUGCAGAGGAAUUUACCAGGCUUUCUGGAUAACCACAGUUUACCCUCCUCUGCUAGCCCCUCCUCAGCUUCAUCAACUUCUGAGAUGGGAUUGCUGGUUUUGAGAUAAUAUGAUGAUGGUUAUCCAGUUGCUUAUAAGACAGCCCAGUGCUGGACUACUGAAAUAUGGGAUUUGGAAAACUAAUAUCAUUGCAAUAAUGUCAGAAUAAACCUAGGCUGGAUUUCAAUAUCACCAGGAUUCAGAAAGCCUUUCCUCAGAUCUUUUUAAUUAGUGUGCAUUUAAUUCAAGUAUUGGAGCAAGAAACCAUAUGUGUCUACGUAUAUGUAUAUGCAUAUGUACAUAUAUAUGCAUAUAUAUAUAUAAUGUACACACACAUACAUAUAUAUGCAUAUAUAUAUGAUGCACACACAUAUAUGCAUACACACAUACUAGAUAUAUAUACUGUAUGUAAAGAGAGACAUAUUUGACAGUCUUCAACAAUAUUGAGGGAUGUUUAAAUUUCUUCUGAAUAUGCUUUUCCUGCUACAUUUCUGAUUACAAGGUUCUACUUUUUCCAAGAAGCAUAGAGAGAAUUCCAAGUAGAAAUGACCAGGUGUACUGUGACAUGAUCCACCACAUAUAAAGCCUUGUCAGUGUGUGCCAUACAUUUAAGAACUGGGGGUUUCUUUCAUGUGAUUUCGCUGAUUUUUUUUAAGGAUUUCAUUAAUUCCCAACUCACAUAGCUGAGCAAUCAACAGAGGGUACUUUUGCUGCAAAACGGAGGCUUUUGAAUUUGCAGUUUAAUUUCUACUUUAUCCAUGAACCUCCUAUUUGGAGCCAACCAUUCACAGAAUUUUAAAAAAUUGUUUUCCCCUCCAGCUGGUCAAUAUUUUUUAUUUUUCUGUCCUAUCAAAACCUUGUCCAAAUUAGUAGAGUUGCAAGAUCAGACUGCCCUAUUAGUGUCAUUGCAGCUGUUUGUUCUGAAGUAUGUGUGUGGGUUCUUUUGAAUUAAACCAUCAUGUUGUAUUUUUUGCUACAUACAACUCAUAAAAUUCAUAAAACUGUUGAUUAAGCAAAUAAGUGAUUCUUACAGCAAGGUUAAAUAUUUAAACUCAUUUGACAUUAUUCAGAAUAAUGAAGGAUAUGUCUUUGUAAGUUUGUCUAUCAAACCCAGCAGACUUAAGAAUGCCUGCAAUGUAGUAAUAAAAUUUAUUUUUAAUAUGUCACAGGAUUUUGAUCUAAAUUAUCUUGCCUAUGGUAUUUAAGAAAUGAUAUGAAAUGCAUAGAAAGUUGCUUUGAUUUGUAACUUGAAGCCUGAAGAUGGCAUUAUCAGCCUUGUUCUCUUCAUUAGCUGAGACUAAUGUGAGUGGAACAGGUUUAAAUAACAUCACUUAAACUAUUAUCUAUCUAAUAAAAGUCUUCUGUGAGCUGGGCUAAUGGGCUUCACACAAUGAAUCAACCUCAUGGUGAUAAAGCCAAAUUUGGGAUUUAAGAUAGUUGUAUUUGAGUCAUACAUAGUCAACUUUUUAUUUCAAUGCUUUAUUUAAUAUGAAAUUGUUUUUGAUAAACAAAUGGAUAAUGGUUCUUUGUUUCUUUUGAAUAGGCUAAGGAUGUUCAAGCAGUAUUCUGUAACUGUAAAGGAAAGCCCAGCACAUAUUUCUGAAAAGUUCUUUUUUAUGUUAUCAAACUUUUCUACACAAUUAGAUGAUUUAAUUUUAAAUAAAGCAUAAUAUCAUCAUGCAUGUUACAAAUGGUGUGUUAGAGUUGGCUUUCACCACUCCUGAAAGCCAAUUGUUAAACAAUUAAGCAUUUUGUGACUGAUUGACAGCAGAAUUAAGCUACCACUGAGUCAGCUUUUUGGCAGUGAAUGGAGAAAAUGGCAAGAAGGUGACGAUCAACAGAGAGAAAACGGAACUGCUUAGCUCCUUUUUUUCUCCAUCUUUAUACAAAAGAAAAAAAACUCAUCAAAAAGUUGUAAAAUUCAGAAUUUUGCAAGUGAAAAUCAGCAAGAAAAUGGUAAGAGAAUACCCAUCCAGUCUAGAUGAAUCCAAAUCAUCAGGAUCAGAUGAAUUACACCCCAAGGCUCUGAAGGAACUGGAAGACGUGAUCUCAGAACAAGUGAACGAUAUCUUUCAAAGAUCCUAGACACCGGGGAACUACAAAUGACUGGAAAAUAGCUGAUAUAAUUCCCAUCUUCAAAAAAGGAAAUAGAUCCAAGAAACUACAGACCUAUCAUCCUGACAUCAAUAUUUGGAAAGAUUCUGAAAAAGAUAAGGAAUGAAUCUACAAGCACCUAGAGGCCAACAAAGUCAUAACCACAAGCCAAUAUAGGUUUGUCAAAAACAGAUCAUGCUAAAGAAAUCUUAUUGUAUUUGUUGAAAAUGUCACAAAAUUAAUGGACUAGAGAAAUGCUGUGGAUAUAAUUUACUUGAACUUCAGUAAGGAAUUUGAUAAAACAGACCACAACCUAUUACUUAAUGAAAUAGAAAAAUGUUGGUAAGACAGCAUCAUCACCAGAUGGAAUCAUAACUGGCUGACCAAUUGAACUCAACAAAUAGUCCUUAAUUUACAUGGAGGGAAUUAUGCAGUAGGAUACCCAAGGUUCUAUUUUAGGCCAGUACUCUUCAAUAUCUUCAUCAAUGAUUUAAACAAGGGGAACCCAUCAAAUUUGCAGAUGAAACCAAACUGGCAGGAAUAGCCAACACUCCAGAAGACAGACUCAAGAUACAGUUUUGGUUACAAUAUAAAAAAGACGUUGGACUUCAGUUAGGUAUUUGAUACAAUAGACCAUAACCUAUUACUUGAUAAGAUAGAAAAAUGUGGGUUAGACAGCAUCAUCACCAGAUGAAUUCAUAACUGACUGACCAGCUGGACUUACUGUGUAGUCCUUAAUGAAACUGCAUCUACAUGGAGGGAAGUAUCCAAUAGGUACUCCAAGGUACCCUACUACAGAAAGAGUGCAGAGGAAAGCAAGAAGCAUGAUUGGGGAACUUGAGGCUAAAACAUAUGAUGAAUGGUUAUAGGAAUUGGGUAUGUAGUUUAAUGAAAAGAAGGAUUAAGGGUGACGUGAUAGCAGUAUUCCAAUAACUAAGGAGCUGCCACAAAGAAGAGUGGGCUAAUCUAUUCUCCAAAGCAUCUGAAGCAGGAUAAAAAGCAAUGGAUGGAAACUAAUCAAGGAAAGAAACAAUCUAGAAUUAAGAAGAAAUUUCCUAACAGAGCAAUUAGUAGAACAACUUGUCUCCAGAAAUUGUGGUGUUCCAACACUGGAGGUUUUUAAGAAGAGAUUGGACAACCACUUGUCUGAAAUGUUAUAGGGUUUCCUGCUUCAGCAGACAAUUGGACCAGAAGAUCUCCAAGAUCCCUUCCAACUCUGUUAUUCUGUACUGGCAUUGUUGAUUGUUACGUAUUUAUAAGUACACCAUUGUUUUUAACACAUAUGCAACACUUUGCAAAAUGAAGAACAAUAAUGCAUAAUUAUAAGGCUGUAUCUAGGAUCGGGUCAAAAAAAGACAAGAUAUCAACUCCACUAAAACAAUAUGAUCACAUCUCUGCUUUUGGUAUGCGUGCUAUAUAUGCAACACAUAAAAACAAGACAAAACUUUUAUUGUGCCAUCAUAUUUCUGUCUUGAUUUUUUCCCCCCACUAUAAUCUGGAUCAUUCUAUUCCUUAGGAAGUGGAUUUUAGGAAUCAGCCAAGGAUACAAAGAAAGCAGGAAGGAACUUUUAAUCCUUUGGGGAAAUCAUUCUUUCACCUAGUAUAGUUACAUUACCUAAAGUGGAUUUCAACUUUAAAUUCAUCUUCAUACCUCAGAUUUCAGAAAAUAAACAGUAUUUUAACAUUUACUAACAUGUUCUUUGCUUAUAAUUAAAUAAAUGGAAUAUAUAAAAAAUAGUGUAAAAGUGAAUGUCAGGUUUGCUUCUACAGAGAUUAAAAUGCCGGUGCUUUCAUAAAUGGAUUUUGACAGUUAUCAGAGGUUCUUUCACCAUAAUGAUCAUUUGUUAGGAGCUGUAAAUGAUCCAUUAUUACUCACAAUUGCUUAGCACCUUCUUCUUUUGAAAGCUGAUGAAGACAUAAGAAUUUCAGUGCUUGUCUUUAAAAGACAAAUAAGGACCAAAGAUACCAACUUCAGAUAUUUCUGCAACAGAAAGAAGAGCCAACAUGAUACACAUGUGAUUUCAACAAAUGACAAAAUUACUUGAGGAAUAGCUUCAUAAAAAUGUCUUUUAAUUGUGCCAAGUGGACGGGUACAAUACUAGAAGCCUCUAUUCCUGACAAAUCUUAUUAUCUGAACAUCAGAAGCAAUAAUUCCUUGUAAAAUAAAAAUAUUCACUCAACUGUGUGAUGACUUGGCCUUAACUUAUCUGUAAUAAACUACUGAUAGAUGUUCUAAAUGAAUUGUUCAGGUGAUAUUCAAAAACAAAGCAGAAGCUAAGUCAGGUUAUAGUUUGCUACAACGAAGGGAUUUCUAUAUCGGUCUUAGAACGAGUAUUACAAUCCUACUCAUUGCUCAUUUUAGAUUUAAAGCUGACAGAAUUUUAUCAGAUCAUACUGAAACAGCCAUACUUCCCACCAAGUAAUAGUUAAUUUUAUUUAUAUGAUUCUCAUGGAAGAAAAAGAAUUGUUCCAAUAUUUCAUAUAAAUAUUUAAUUUUUUAAUUUUAAAUUGUUUUCCUUUUGGUUAAAAUGAAACCAGCUCAAGAAACUAGGACUCUGAAAUUAUAUAAAUUUUCUAUGUAGGGGUAAAGGGAGGAGGCCUUUGUAAAUUUCCCAGGUCCUAAGAUGUAAGGUAAUGAUUCUAACUUGUAAAAAUCAAGGGUAUAUUUGUGGUAAUGUUUCAUAAUGUCAUUAAAAGUUCUAUAUUGCAGAAGAUUGCUUUUUAACUCUGCCUUCUUUGUUCAUUUGUAUCGUAAUCCUUAUAGCUGCCGUUUUCCCCAUUCUUGGGGUUUUAUGUAGAUCAGUGGAUGUAAGAAUUAAACCUGUCUUUUCUUUGAUGAAGCUUUUAAUAAAAAAGA